UGAUAGGAUGGGCCGAGUACUCUCAUAGACACCACACACACACACACUCGACCGGUCCAAGCUACGUGCAGACUCGUCAUAGGCUGCUGCUGGGAAUCGCCAAUUCGAGCCUACGAAAUCUUGCCCCGGCAUCCCAACUCGUCAACGGAUCGGGCCAUGUCCCGUCAACAUCACCAUCAGAUCCCUCUCAUCCACCCCAUCGCCGGCCCAUCAACGAGCUCUAGCAUAACGAUGGGUCCUCAAGAAUCCAAGCGAGACAAGAAGCGAAGGGAGGUCAUCGAGAGGGUGGAGAGGCACCAUAUGGAAAAGGUCGCCAGUCGAGAUCAAAUCUACGAAGAACUCUAUAAAGACCUAACCCAGCGUAAUCAGAACCUCUCCAAAGACCCAUCCACCUGCCGACCACUCGACAUCCCGAUGUACCUUUUGAACCUCGAAAGAGAUGCUUUAUUAAGUGGGAUCGAUAUGCACUGGGAGUACCGGAACGACUCGCUACAUCACCUGUAUUCCCUUGAACGGCAAAAGAUCGAGGACGAUUUCAAAAAGGGUCGCGAUCUCGUCAGGCAGAGGUUGUUGGACGGGGUGGAAGAGCGGAGGAGAAAGAUCAGGGAAGACAAGGAGAGCGUGGGGGAUGUUGUGGCUGAGACUUUGCUAGAGGCUCAGAUCCGACCUCGACCUAGUCGGAACGCACGGACGCAGAAACGACAGAUGUACGGACAUUCACCACCACACUCGACAAGAGCGACACCGAAUCCAGCCACUGCACCAGCAACGGGAACCAAGCAGGACCAUCCGACGGCGACGACGAAUAAUACCUUGGCUUCCACCGUGGCCAGUGCAGACGCCUUGUUGGCGACCUUGUUACCGAUGACGACGACGGGCAUGUCAACGGAGAACAUCAUCUCCCCAUUACCCUACAGUCUGGCGGUAUUACCCGCACCCAAUCUGCCUGCUGGGGUCGGGGCGGGCAAGACGGCACGACGAGCCGGACGAGGGACCGCCAAUAACGCCGUCGCCGCCUUGCUUGGGGACGGGAUGGGAGGAGCUGGGACACCUUUUGCGGACGAUACGAGGUCGAACGCGAACGGCAAGGACGGCUCGAUGGGCGGUAGUGGUAGCAACUCCGGAGGAGGUCUAGGCGUCGACCGAUCGGGUAACGGAGGGAAAUCGACUGGACCGAAUAAUACCACUAUCCGGGUGGGACCUGCCAUGACAGGCUACGCCAAGGUGACGGGCUGGGCACCGGGAAAAAGCUUGGACGAACUCAAGGGGUUGGUCAGUUGUAACGAGAUGGAGAGGGAGGGAGAUCUCGCGAGUAUAAGAGGGUGGGGGAGGCGGGCGAGGGGGACGACGAGGGCGGGCGGGGCGAAUGGGAACGGGUCGUAG